AUGGCUGAUAAGAGAAAAGAAUCGCCUUCUUUAGCACAAAGAUCUGGUCAACUUGUUAAGAAACAAAAGCCAGAGCAAUCAAAUAAUGUGUUGAUCACCUCAACAGCAAGUUCUGGAAAUGGUGCUUUAACACAAACGGUCAAACGUACCUCUGGGCUUCAAGCGCCCAUAAUGUUAUUAAGUGGACAUCAGGGGGAAAUUUUUACUAUAAGGUUUGACCCAACGGGACAGCACAUUGCUUCAGGAUCUUUCGAUAGAAACAUAUUACUGUGGAACACUUAUGGUGAUUGCCUUAAUUAUGGCCUGUUAAAAGGUCACAAUGGUGCUAUUAUGGAAUUACAAUGGUCUCGUGACUCUAGUAAGAUAUAUUCAUGCGCGACAGACAAAACUGUCAGUGUGUGGGAUGUUACAACUGGUACAAGGAUAAAGAAGUUUAAGGGGCACACAUCUUAUGUUAACAGUGUGUCUGCAGCACGCAGAGGCAAUGAAAUUAUAGUUAGUGGUAGUGAUGACGGAACCAUUAAGAUAUGGGACCUUCGUCAAAAAGAUGCAGUAGAUACAUUUAGUCAUCAAUAUCAAAUAACUGCGACAUGUUUUAGUGAGGCAGGUGAUUUGGUAUUUUCUGGCAGCUUAGAUAAUGAUAUUGCUACUUGGGAUUUGCGUAAAAAAAGUAUCGUUUAUAUUCUCAAAGGGCAUCAAGAUACCAUUUCUGGUAUAAAGUUGAGCCCUGAUGGAUCGUACCUUCUGUCAAAUGGCAUGGACGACACUGUACGAAUUUGGGAUGUAAAACCUUUUGCACCUGCAAACCGGUUACUCAAGAUAUUUGAAGGGGCACCUCAUGGAUUUGAAAAGAACCUCAUUAAACCUGCAUGGUCACCAGAUGGAUCACAAAUUGCUACUGGAAGUAGUGACCGGACUGUUGUAAUUUGGGAUGUAACUUCCUGUAGGAUUCUAUACAAACUACCUGGUCACAAAGGCUCUGUCAAUGAAGUAGAUUUCCAUCCUAAAGAGCCAAUUG